CCUCGUGCAGCACCGCGUCCGCGCCGGGGACACGCUGGCCGGGCUGGCGCUCAAGUACGGGGUCACGAUGGAACAGAUUAAAAGGGUCAAUAAACUGUUUACCAAUGACUGCAUAUUUCUGAAGAAAACACUGAGCAUCCCAGUCAUAUCAGAGAAGCCUUUGUUGUUCCAUGGACUGAACUCACCGGAGUCUCCAGAAAGUGAAGCUGGGGACAGUGGUUUUCCUCCCGGGGAGCCGCUGGCGGUGGCGGGGGACGCGCUCCCUCCUCCCAGCCCACAGGAACCGGCCCCGAGGCCCGCGCAGCCCGAGGAGGUGUCGGCCAGAGACUUCCUGGACAGGCUGGACCUGCAGAUCAAACUGUCCACGCAGGCGGCCCAGAGGCUGAAGCGUGAGAGCAGGGACGAAGAGAGUCCCUACUCGGCCUCCCUCUAUCACAGUUAGGCAGCUGGGCUAAGUGCCGACCUGGUCGAUGGGACCCUGGUGAACCGGAAACCGAAGGCUUCGGAGGGCUUUGCGGUUCCUGCAGUGCGGUCUUGGAGUCGGCGGACCGCUGCCGCGGCGCUGAGGCCACGCCCCUCGCGGCCUCCUGUGAUUUUAGGUCUUACUGUGGCAUGGUAGCAACAGCGCAUCCUAGAGCUCAUCACUUGUGUAGGUGGGGGCAGUUCUCAACCUCGCUUUUAUAAUUGCCGGCUGGUGUCAGUCCUGAGAGGUUCUAUAUAUUUAUGCCGAAGACAAUGUUUAUCUGCUCAUAAAACCCAAAUUUCGUGAAAACCCUGGUGGCUGAUUAAGGAAUGCUGAGUUGCUGUGUGUUUCUAACAAAUGCUAUAUAAAUAUUAUAUUUCAGUAUGUAUUACGUUGUGUUAAUGGAAAGAACUAAAUUUUGUCCGCUAUUUUGUAAAACUUUACAAACGUCUGAAUGAGAAAAUAAACUAUGUUUUCAUAUU